AUAGGACCCCGCGCCGCCCCGCCGCCCGCAAGGUCACGGUGGGGAGCUCGGGCCGGCGGGGAGGCCGCUCCCCCGGAGGAGGCUGCGGUGGACGCGGCCGGCCACGGCGGCGAGGAGGGGCGGCCGACCCGCCUGGCCCGGUUCCGUCCGUGACCCGGUUCCGCGGCGUGUCAUCUGGGGUGUGGCCUUCUCCUCGGCGGGCUCAGUUUCCUCCGUCUCGGGUGGGCACUGGACCCGCCCCUCGGCGCUGCCGGUGGUUCGGAGUAGCCGGUGAAGCUUUCGCGGAGGGGAGCUCGGCCUAAGAAAGGUGGCAGUAAUGCUAACGUUGGCAAGCAAGUUGAAGCGGGAUGACGGUCUCAAAGGAUCCCGGACGUCAGCCUCCACAUCUGACUCUACUCGGAGGGUUUCUGUGAGAGACAAGUUGCUUGUUAAAGAGGUUGCAGAACUUGAAGCUAAUUUACCUUGUACAUGUAAAGUACAUUUUCCUGAUCCAAACAAGCUUCAUUGCUUUCAGCUGACUGUAAGCCCAGAUGAGGGUUACUACCAGGGUGGAAAAUUUCAAUUUGAAACUGAAGUUCCCGAUGCCUACAACAUGGUGCCUCCCAAAGUGAAAUGCUUGACAAAAAUCUGGCACCCCAACAUCACAGAAACAGGGGAGAUAUGUCUAAGUUUACUAAGGGAACAUUCAAUUGAUGGCACUGGCUGGGCUCCCACUAGAACAUUGAAGGAUGUUGUUUGGGGAUUGAACUCUUUAUUUACUGAUCUUCUGAAUUUUGACGAUCCCCUGAAUAUUGAAGCUGCAGAACAUCAUUUGCGAGACAAGGAGGAUUUUCGGGACAAAGUGGACGAGUACAUCAAACGCUAUGCCAGAUGAUAAGAGGAGAGCUUGCAGGUCUAAGGACUUUGUCACAGUUGUCUCUGAUGUGAAACAGCUCGAGGUAGCCCUCCUCCCCAUCCUCAUACUCCCUGUUGGCCCCUUGGGAUUGUCCCAGUCCUGCGCAACCAUGCUGUCCUGAAGAAGACCCUCCUGACUACCCACUGUAGGUGGCAAACAACAUAAUACAGCAAGAAAGUGUGUCUGGGCAUCGAAAGGGUUGCCUGCUUCCCUUAACACGUUCACUGAAACUCCUGUCUUAGGCUGUCUGCUGGGAUUCCUCCGAAGUUGUAAUGAACUCACCACUGAGGAUAGCGCUUGCUUCCCUUCCCCCAACAAUCGGUGUCCUGCACAAGUGAUGUAAUGACGUGUUUGGUGUGACUGGCAGAUUGGCAAUAAGAAACCCGCUAUUAACUGUGAUUGGAUGCACAUUCUCUUAGCUUCUUCCACGAAUGUUGGCCCUGCCUAGAUGUGAAGCUUCCCAGAAUGCAUAGUCAUUCACUGUAGAUCUUACUGAAAUGCGUAUUUUAUUUAAUGUAAGUAUAUUUUGGAACAGA